AAGAAGGAAAUGUUGAGGAAUCAACAGAACAAUUAAAUAAAAAGAGUAAAGUUGAUAAGGCAAUGACGAGCAAUACAAAUCUGAUACAUACUGAGAACAUAAUGUACAUACCUUUUAUGGAAUUAUCCGAUAAACUUGACAUACUUAAGAAGAUAGCUGGAAUGGAGAUAACUAUUAAUCUAGGACAAUUGUUCAAGUGGUCACCAAAAACACAUAUUGAGAUCAUGAGGGCAUUGUUAUGA